UGCUCCUCUCAAGGCAGUUACAAUUCGCGUACGGCAACGCCAACUAUUUCCACCCAGCCAGUGUCAGUGCCACCUCCAAUUCUGUCCACCGACCUUCCAUAGGUUGGAGAUGAAGCAGACCGUGGUCCUGUACCCCGGUGCCGGCGUCGGUCACGUUCGCCCCAUGACAGAGCUCGCCAACGUCUUUCUCAAGCACGGCUACGACGUCACCAUGGUGCUCGUCGAGGAGCCCCUUAAGUUGUCAGACUCCGGCACCACCGUCAUAGAGCGCACCGCUGCCUCCAACCCGUCCAUCUCCUUCCAUGUCCUCCCGUCCAUCCAUGCUCCAGACUUUGCCGCCUCCGGCAAGCACCCUUUCUUACUCAUGCUCGAGCUCUUGCACUAUUACAACGAGCAGUUCGAAGCAUUCCUCUGCGCCGUCGACCGGAAAAGCUUGCACUCUGUUGUCCUCGACAUGUUCUGCAUUGAUGCCACCGACGUUUGCAUGAAUCUCGGUGUCCCGCCGAUGCCAGCGUCUCAUCUCAUCAAGGAACUACUGGAGCACCCCGAAGAUGAGAUGUUCAAGGCCAUGAUGAACAUCUGGAAGCGCAAUACGGAGACCAUGGGCGUUCUCCUGAACACGUUCGAGUCGUUGGAGAGUCGGGCGGUGCAGUCUCUCAGGGGCCCGCUCUGCGUUCCCGAAAGGAUCCUGCCUCCGAUCUACUGCGUCGGUCCGUUGGUCGGCAAGGGCGCCAAGGAUGAGGAAAAAGUAGAGAGGAAAGAAUGCCUCGAGUGGCUUGACAUGCAGCCCGACCGCAGUGUCGUGUUCUUCUGGUUGGGGAGCAAGGGCACGCUCUCGACAGAGCAGCUGAAGGAGAUAGCCAUUGGCUUUGAGAGGUCAGGGCAGCGGUUCUUGUGGUCCGUGCGCAUGCCUGCAGGAAGCGACAACCCAGAGAAAUACUUGGAAGGGUUCCCUGAGCCGGAACUUGACGCGCUCCUGCCUCAAGGGUUCUUAGAGCGGACCAAUGGCAGGGGUCUGGUCAUCAAGUCGUGGGCACCGCAGAUGGACGUGCUCGGCCACAGGGCAACCGGCGCGUUCGUGACACACUGCGGAUGGAACUCGGUACUGGAGGCCAUUGUGGCUGGGGUGCCGAUGUUGUGUCUGCUGCUGGAAGGAGAGCAAAGGAUGAACAAGGUGUCCAUGACAGAGGGCAUGGGCGUCGCUGUGGAGCUGGAGGGAUACAUGACAGGUUUUGUGAAAGCAGGCGAGGUGGAGGCCAAGGUGCGGCUCGUGAUUGAGGGUGAGGAAGGGAGGCAUCUCAGGGCCCGGGUAGCUGCUCUCAGGGAAGAGGCCAAGGCGGCCCUGGAGGAAGGUGGCCCGUCGCGGGUGGCGUUUGCCCAAUUUCUCUUGGAUGUUGAUAAUCUUGGAAAGCAACUCGGCAAUUGACGCACUAGUAUGUACAUUUAUGUUGCCAGCAUGUUGCUAGUCCCUGUUUUCAACUUUCAUUUUGGUUGCGUGGUCAAUAAAGUCACUACUACCUCCGUCCUCUCAAAAAUAUGACCCAUAUGGAUAUAAUUCAAUUCAUAACUAGGCACAUUAUUCUUAGAUU